UGAAUCGCUAGUUUCUAUUAUCCAAAGCUAACUUAGCUCUACAUUACGAGGAAGUUCCCAGAAGUCUUUAAAAAAGGAGUGUUAGGAAUGGCAGGCAGGGAGCGCCUGUCUGUCCCGCCGAGAAGGCACAGUUUCAUUUCUUCUACUGGAGGAACAGUUUGGACUUUAGUUUCGAUGUUAUAUGUUAUAUUAAUGUGAAGAUGGCAGCGAUGUCAGAGAAGGAGAAGAGCGGCUGCAGGAGACUGCUGGAACUGCUGUCAGCCGAGGACCUAAUGGCACUAAAGGACACCGUUACCAACCGGCUGAUCAGUGUGGAGAGUACGAGGGAGGCUGUUGAAGCCAUCAUUGCUUACUCUCAGAGUGCAGAGGAACUUCUUAAGAGAAGGAAAGUCCACCGUGAGGUUAUUUUUCAGUACCUCGCCAAAGAAGGUGUUGCAGUGCCGCCAAACACAGAGAAGCUCCAUUUGGUCAGGAGAACUCUUGCGUUAUGGUCUGAUAAGGUUGCCCUCUUUCAGGACACUCAGAAUAACAGCACUGCAUGUUGCCAAGAGGAACCAGAUGGUUUGGGAGAUCUAACAGCUUUGGGCAAGGAGUUUUGCAGGUGGUUUUACCAACUUUUCAACUCCCUCAAUCCUACAGCAGGCCUGCCAGUUCAGGACUGGGGACCCCAGCACUUCUGGGGGGAUGCAAAGUUAUUUAUCCUCUCUUGUACUGGAGAACAAGAACAGGAUGAGUACUAUGGAGCAGAACUGGUCAGCAGAAGACUUUCCGCUCUCGUGUGGGAAGAGAAGCUAAUUUUCUGCCCUAACCUGGAGCAAUCAGGUUUAAAGUGCCUAUCAACACCUCAUGGAUUGGUCUUGGUGGCAGUCGCUGGGACCAUCCACAGAGAAAACCUGUGCCUUGGAAUUUUUGAGCAAGUGUUUGGUUUAAUUAGGGAUCCGCUGGAGGGAAACCGCUGGAAGAUGAAGUAUGUACAUUUAAAAAUAAAGGGACAGGUUGGUGGAAAACAGUUACCAGUGCUGACAUAUGAAUCAGAUGAUAUGCUUCAGCUUUUCACUACAUAAUGCUGGGAGGACUAUACAGACACUGUGUUGGGACAUAAAAUAUGCACUUUAUGGGAUGCAUGAUAUAUGCAUAUACUUUUUUAAAAAACAGAAUUUACCUUUCUUUUCUUUGACUGGUUAUAAACAUUGUUGCUUUCUUUUAACUCUGUAUUUAUCAGAGUUUAUGAAAGAUUUGUCUUAUUAGAACAGAUUUCAGUGAACUCUAGAAUGUAUGCUCAUGUGCCGGAACAUCAUUAAUGCUUUUUUUAAUGCUGUAACGCGUUUCGGAAGUUGGCUAAGUUAAUAUGUAUGAGCUUUCUCUACAUUCUUUUAAAAAUCUUAUUUUAUGGAAAUUUGUUUUACAUAUUUGAUCUUAAGUUUGUUAUUGGCAGUUAUGAAAAUAUACGAAAAUUAGUGAAUCGACCUCAUAUUUUAAUUGUUUUGGCUUCAGUUCAUUGACGAUGUAUUAAAUCAUUGUUAUGGUUUAAAUGCUUUACAUAUGUGGCUUUAAUAUUGACUCAUUUUUACAUUUUCUUUUUUGUGUUAGUUUAAAAAGUUCUAAAAAAUAGCUUUAAUACCAACAUAUCAAAAGUCAUAGAAUAGCAAUUUUAAAAUAGAUCCAGAAGUAGUGUUAACUCAGAGGACAGCCUGGGAACACCCACACCUGUAAAAGUUGUAAGGUUUUAUCUUGUGAGUAAGCUUUAAUAGCACUGUCCAGCAUGCUAUGGACAAGACAAUGUGCAUUGUUGUAUUUAAUUAGUGAUUGAUUGUGCGUGCCUGAUGAAUGGGACAUUGCAUUUCUGAAGUUUUAACAUUUUUGGAUUUACAGUUUAGUGAGUACAUCAUAGAAGGCAUUGUAACAAGUGGACAGUGCAGUGGGAUGAGACCCUGUCAACUGAUGCUAGACCAUUAUUUGUUUCCUAUGUAAUGAACAGAUAGCAGGCUGAAUAGGACAGACAAACCACCAAUAAACUACAUGUGAUUAACUCCAAUAUACAUAGCAGAUAUAUCGUCGCUGUCUAACGAAAAACACUUAUCUUCAUUUUUGUCGAUUUUUAGUUUACUAUAUAAUUUGAACAGACAAACUGUCCCUUACACUGUGCCCGAAUUUUCUUGAUGAACGGACCAAUAGAAACUCUUCAAAAUGACCUGAAAUAAACUCUUUUUAUAUUGGCUUCCAUUGAAAGUUCACAA